AUGAACGCCAUCAAGGGAUACCUCGCGCCGGGGAAGAAGGCCGAGAAAGAUGCAAAAAAGGGAAAGAAGACUGAAGCAUCGACAGCGACACCAGCACCAGCACCACCACAAAUGGAAAUGCGUACAACACCUCCAUUGGGCUCGCCAAUGGCAGGAUCCUUCGUUGGCAAUUCGAGGCCGUCCUCUCUAUACCCAGAAGGUGAUUUUCGAAAUGGUCCUAGGGAAAGCGUUAUGAGUGUCAAGGCCGAUGUAGUAGUCAGUUGGUUACAUCAACAACAGAUGGAAAAGCUAUGGGCUGUUGGUGCUCCAGGAGAAGGUGUUGUCUUGAAGAAGGCGAAGGAUGAUUUUACCUGUUGUCCGCCUUCUUUAAGGACGGAACCAUCAGGAAUCUUUGACUACAUUGUAGCAAUGAAUGUCAGAGCUGCCAUGACCGUAAACACUCGCGUUAUCAAAAUCUUCCUCGCGCGUCAGCACGCUGAUUACGUUCCUCUUUCAAAUGGUCUUCGUCUUCAAGUCCUUCCCAGUGUUGAGUUUUUACCUCGAUGCCAGAAGCAUCAUUUUGGUGCAUUCAUUCAAGAUCAGCAAAUUCUCGUUGUUUGGGAUGAUGAAUCAAAGCACUUGUUGAAGCGAGCCGAAUUUAUCGAGAGAUCUUUGUUAGAAAUGAUCUGGGCCGAUGAUGACGCCGAGAUGGAUGAGAAGAAGGCUGGAGCACAAGUUUCUACAGCUGAUUUGGGAAAUGGUGAUGUUGAAGAUGGUUAUGGAACGGAAGAAAAGAGACCAACGUUACUCAUCAACCCCAUCAUGGUUGCUGUAACCUUGUGUCUCCUCAUCGCUGCUCUUGGACUUGGUUGGAAAAAUCUUGCGCUUGAAGUUACCGUUGAUGGGAAUUUCACCCGAUUGGCUUUACUUGCCGUCACUCCUUGCCAAGUCUUCGUCUCGCUUUUCUUCAUGCAAGUCAUUGUCGUCAAUCUCACCCAAUGUUUCGGACCGAUCAAUAACUUAAACUGCAACUCUAAGUUCUAUUCCGGCAAGGCUCCUCAACGCCUCAAUCGCAACAAUAGAGAACUUCCUCACGUCACCAUUCAAAUGCCUGUCUACAAGGAAGGUCUCGUUGCUGUCAUUCAACCCACUAUUAUCUCGCUCAAGGCUGCUAUCUCCACCUAUGAACUCCAGGGUGGAACUGCCAAUAUCUUUAUUAAUGAUGAUGGUAUGCAAUUACUUCCUGAAGAAGAAGCUCAAGCUCGUCGUGAUUUCUAUGAUGAACAUACCAUCGGAUGGGUCGCACGUCCCGGACACAAACCAAACCCAGAGAAUGGCGAAAAGGCAUUUCUUCGUCGUGGAAAAUUCAAGAAGGCUUCCAACAUGAACUACGCUCUUAUGGUUAGUAACAAAGUCGAAGAAAGACUCCUCACCAUUGCUCGUCAUGAGGGUUGGUCUCAAGCUGAGGAAUAUAUCGCUUAUGAUCAAUGCUUGGCUCAAGUCUUGGAAGAGGAAGAAGGUCGUGCUUGGGCUGGUGGUAAUAUUCGUGUUGGUGAUUACAUCUUGCUUAUUGAUUCCGAUACUCGUGUUCCUUCCGACUGUCUCUUGGAUGCUGCCAGUGAGAUGGAACAAUCUCCCGAAGUGGGAAUCUUGCAGUUUAACUCUGGUGUCAUGCAAGUUACUGAUAGUUUCUUCGAGAACGGAAUUACUUUCUUCACCAAUCUUAUCUAUACCGCCAUCCGAUUCGCCGUAGCCAUGGGUGAUGUCUCCCCGUUCGUAGGCCACAACGCCAUGCUCCGCUGGUCCGCCGUCCAACAAGUCUCCUACCACGACGAAGACGGCUACGAGAAAUUCUGGUCCGAAUCGCACGUCUCGGAAGAUUUCGACAUGUCUCUCCGUCUCCAAGUCAACGAAUACACCAUCCGCUACGCCGCCUACACCGGCGAUGGAUUCAAAGAAGGAGUUUCCCUCACUGUCUACGACGAACUUGCUCGAUGGGAAAAAUACGCUUAUGGAUGUAACGAGCUUCUUUUCAACCCAUUACGUUUCUGGUUCACACGCGGUCCCUUUACAAAAUUGUUCAGAGAGUUCUUGUUUUCGAAUAUGAGACUUACCUCCAAGAUUACCAUGAUGGCUUAUAUUGGUACUUACUAUGCUAUCGGUGCAUCGUGGAUUCUUACCGUGGCCAAUUAUUUCAUCAUGGGUUGGUAUAAUGGGUUUUAUGACAAAUACUACUUAGAUUCUUUCCAAGUAUAUUUCUCGCUCAUUAUCGUCUUCAGCGCAUUGGGAAAUGUUUCGCUAGCUGUUCUCCGCUACCGAUUAUCAGAACGUUCUUUCUUUUCUUCUCUCUUCGAAAACUUCAAAUGGCUCCUUCUAAUGACCGUCUUCCUCGGCGGACUCUCCAUGCACGUCUCCCAGUCCCUCCUCUGCCACUUCUUCGAAAUCGACAUGACCUGGGGCGCCACCGCCAAAGAAGUCGAAAACGUAACCUUCUUUGAAGAAAUCCCGCGUCUACUCAAACGUUUCAAAUAUACGUUUAUCUUCUGUAUAUUGAUGACGGCCGGUAUGAUCUCAUUUUUUGAUGCCGGUGGCUUUGAAUCCGGCUUUGAUGAUGUUUACGUGGUAGAAGUGGGUUUAGGUGUGCGGGUUAUUGGGUUGGGGUUGGGGUUGGGAUUGGGAUGA